AUGGUUCCAUCGAUGUGGUCGUUUGUUGAUCGUCUGCCAAUAAAUGAUAAUGGGAAAAUAGAUAGAAAACGAUUACCUCGGGUUUCUCGUAACAGACAUCAGGAUGAAGUAAUUACACCUGGAACCGAAUUGGAAGAGCAAUUACAACUUAUAUUUUCUCAAGUUUUCCAUAUACCACUGGAUGAUGUUGAUGUUACCCUCUCGUUCGAAUUACUUGGCGGUACAUCAUUAGGAAUAAUACAUGCAUUAUCAAUGAUUCGCAAUCAAAUCUAUGAAGGCGUAGAUGCUCAUACUUUUGAGCAACGUGUAUUCCAAUUGGCUCCCGUAACUGUUGGCCCAGGAUCCAUUAUAGAAGCGAAUUCAUUCGUCUUUCCUGGUGCUAUCCUUGAAGGCGAAAAUAUGAUCGAGCCACUAACAUUAAUUAUGAAAGGAGAUCAUCUUGAUAAAGGCACGCGUUGGUUUGGUAAUCCUGCUCAAUGUCAUCGAUGA